AUGCUGCUACACCUCAGCAGCAAACCGGCUCUCAUCGUCUCCUCUGCAGUUGUAGCUCGCGAGGUCAUGAAAACAUACGAUCUCAUCUUCGCAGGCAUUGCCAGCAGACUUUUCUAUGGGAAGGACGUCGCAUUCACUCCUUAUCGAGAGUAUUGGAGGCAAGUAAAAAGCAUUUGUGUGCUCAACCUUCUGAGUAAUGGGCGAGUUCAGUUUUACCGUAGAGUGAGAGAAGAAGAAACAACCCUUUUGACCGAGAAGAUCAAAAGGGCUUGUUCUUCUUCUUCGGUGGUGAAUUUGAGUGAAAUGUUUGGUUCACUUACGAAUGACGUAGUGUGUCGGAUAGCCUUGGGGAGGAAGUACAGUGAAAGCUCGAAAAGUGGAAGAAAUUUUAAUGAGAUUUUGGUUGAUAUUGGGGAACUAACGGGUGUUUUCAAUGUGGGGGGCUAUAUUCCUUGGCUUGUGUGGUUGAAUCAAAUUAAUGGUUUGAAUGCUAAAGUGGAGAGAGUUUUUAACGAGGUGGAUGAAUUCUUGGAGGGUGUGAUUGAUGAUCAUAUGGAUAGGAGUUAUGUCAAAGAUUUCCAAUAG